AUGCCAUCACCCUUGAGCCUACCCAGCUCUCUCCUCCUGCUUCUGACCGCAGCGUUGCCGGCGCAGACUUCACGGAUUUGCACUACGCAGGCAAAUACAACCCUUGAGCUCGAUCGAAUAGAAGCACGGACAUGGGAAGACUUACUCCAACGCCAUGCCUCAAUAAGCCGCAGACUUCGCGUGGAACAGCCCACCGCAGUCCGCAAGAUGCCAGAUGACGAGGGCGAAAAAUUCUGGAUGGACUAUUGGUAUUUCAACGACGACAGACAUGAUCCUCGAAAACGGGACGUAGCCAGCUAUCUCGAAGACGACGAGAUGAACAACAAUCUCGCUGCGCUGGAACCCGCCUACCCAAUACACUUUGAGCGCACUGUUCCGGGCUUCUCUGUCUUCGGGAAAGAGUUUUCGAUUCCCAGAAAUUUGCGCCCAGGGAAUCUUUUUUCGAAGCGAGCUUUCCAGUGCCCUGCCAGCACCCGGCCUUGCAGCUCCAUCUCCCGCCCCAACAGCUGUUGCUCUCUCGGGUCCGUAUGCCAAAUCGUCCGCGACACUGGCCUGGGAGACGUUGGCUGCUGUUCUGGUGGCAGCAAUGGCUCCGGCAAGAAAUGUUCCGGGAAGCUCCAGUCGUGUCCAGACGGGUACACAAACUGUUCUGAGUUCCCUGGCGGAGGAUGCUGUAUCCCCGGGUACACAUGUGUCAAGGACGGGUGUCUAUUUGUCUCCACGACAACAGUGACAAUCACCGCAUCUUCAUCCUCUGCAUCUACGACCGCCAAACCUACAACCACAACGCAGAUCGUCAAUCCACCCAUCCGCCCAACCUCACACCCGACCAUUACCACCACCGUACUUCCCACCAGCACCGGCAUAGGCACCACCACGGACCCUGAAAUCCUUGACGACUGUCCCACAGGCUUCUACGCCUGCAGCGCCGUCUACAACGGUGGCUGCUGCCGCACAGGCCGCGACUGCAAUCCAACCUCCUGCCCACCCUUCACGCCAUACACAGCGAUCAACACCAACGGCGUGACCGUCAUCAUCCCCGCGUCCGCCACUGGUGGUGCCGCCCCGCCCCGGAGGGCAAGCAAAUGCGCCGACGGCUGGACAACCUGCAACGCCGACGCGGGCGGAGGAUGCUGUCCCAAUGGCUUCCGGUGCGGGAGAGAAAGCUGCACGUUCUCUGGGACGGGGACGGCGGAGGCACGUGCCACGGGAGGUGGUGAAGAGGUGGUAGGGAAGAUUCCGCCGGAGAGCGGGGCGCAAAUAUUGCUUCCGAGUCUUAUGAUUCUUGUUGGCGCGAUGGCGGGACCGAGGUUCAUCAGCUGGAUUGCUGCAGCAUGA